GAGCUAGCCGCUUCAUGUAUUCAUUUCUUCAGCAAAAUCGGGUGAAAAUGCACCACUUGCCACUAUAUCUCUCUGCAGACCAUCUCAAGAAUUCUUUUACAAUUGAAAGAAUUUUGGCACCGAGACCGUUUUUCCCAGCUCCUAGACCGACUCCUUCAAAUUUUUUCCCAUAUUUUCCAACAGAAAGUCCAGCUCCGUUCUUAUUCCCCUUCCCAGCGGGAAUGAUAACCCCAGAUAUGCUUAAGAGUGGUCACAAGAGGAAACGAAGACACCGAACAAUCUUUACUGAAGAACAACUAGAAGAGCUAGAGAAAACAUUUCAAAAAACCCAUUAUCCGGAUGUUCUACUCAGAGAGGAAUUGGCAUUGAAAGUUGAAUUGAAAGAGGAAAGAGUUGAGGUAUGGUUUAAGAAUCGACGCGCAAAAUGGAGAAAGCAAAAGCGUGAAGAACAGGAGAAGAAAAGGCGAGAAUCUGAUUUGUGCGUCGAUGUGACUGAUGUGGAAGACGAUACUGAAGAAGAUAUAAAUGGUAAUUCUACAUAAAAAAAGCCCCAAUAUACUCUUGUUGUUGUGAAAAAAAAAUAAUCUGUACAUAUUUAUUGGAAGUUAUAGAUCACGGUUGAAAAGAACAGGGAGAGAGAAAGAGAUAGAGAGAGAGAGAGAGAAUGAUAGAUUUGUACUUUUAAACAUAUUCUAUUAAACUGUAUAUAUUUGAAGUAAAUCUUUCUCCUCUCUUGAUAUGAAAAAUUAACAAAAAAAGAGAAUGUCAAUUAAUUUCUCUAUAAAAGUUCAAAGACAAAAAAUCACUUUUCUUUUUUGCUUAGUGUUGAAAAUAUGGCUAAUAUUUCCAUUAUUUAUUCACAUAUGCCCUAU